AUGAAUAAUACUAGUAAAAUUACCAAAAGAUUACAAUUGAUUAUUCAGAAUUAUAAAGAAUCACAAGACUCGAUAUCAAUCAGUGACAUUUCAGAAUUUUUAGGAAUAAUUGAUGAUGUUUUCCAUGUAAAUUGGAAUCAUCAACAUAUACACGAAACUUUAUCAUUAUUUACAAAACAAUAUUCAAAUAUUUUAAUAAAUAAAUCAAUCUUAUUAGAAUUCUUGAAUGAUUUAUUUGAUAUAGAUUUAAUUAAUAUGAUUGGAAAAACUGAAAAUUCAUCAAAUAAUCAUGAUUGGUUAACUUCACCUUCUUCAUUAUCACCACAAUUUCAAAAUCAAAACAUUGAUACAAUAUCUUUACAACAAGAACAUUUAAAUGAAUUUAAUAAUCAAUUUAAUGAUAAAAUAUCAAAAUUAAAUGAUGGAUUGGUUAAUAAUGAGGAAAACCACAGUUCAAUACCCAAAAUUUCAAAUAAAUAUGGAUUUUCAACAAAAAUUUACCAAUUUUUAAUAAAUUUCCUAUUAUCAACAAAUGAUUUCAUAUUAUUAUUAAAUUUAUUAUUGAUUUUAAUAAUCAUUGUGAUUAUAAUUAAUCAAUUCAUUGAUUUAUCACCUUUUUUAAUCAAUUUUGGUAAAAAAAUAUUAAUUUAUGAUAAUUCAUUUGAUCUUUAUUGGUGGCAAUUACCAAUUUUAGAAGAAAAAAUUUGGAAAUUUAUUGAUUUUAUUCAAAAAAAAGAAGAAGAAUUGAAAUUAAUGAAAUAG